CCUCAGCCUCCCAAGUGCUGGGAUUAUAGGUGUGUGCCACCAUCCAGGUUGGGAUCAAUUUUGAAGUCUCCUGCUUGCUCUUUGGGGCCGGUCAGGAGCUCGCUGGAUACCUCCUUGACUUUGGUGGACAGAGGCAGCCAUGUCCUCUGAUGCCCCUGCAGGAGACUUGCUUUGGCCUCAGCUAUGAAGAGAAGUCUUUCAGAGUAGCUGCAGCCUCUGGGAGGAGCCGGCGCCCUGGACAGCCCAGCUGGCCUGACUGGACCCUGCUGGUGGGAACCAUGGCAGAGGGUGGGGACGCUGCACUGUCGGUGGCUGAGUGGCUGCAGGCGUUGCACCUGGAGCAGUACAGCGGGCUCUUCGAGCAGCACGGAAUGAUGUGGGCCACUGACUGCCAAGGCCUCAGCGAUGCCCGCUUGGUGGACAUGGGCAUGCUACUCCCUGGCCAUCGCCGCCGCAUCCUGGCCGGCCUGCUCCGCGCCCACGCUCCCCCCAUCCCUGCACCCCGCCCUGCCCCAAGGCCUGUACCCAAGAAGCGUCAUGUCUUCCGCUCAGCACCUGCGCCCACCACUCCACCGGAGCCCCUGCCGGUGGCUGGAGAGGACGAGGGGCUACCCACUGCCCCACCCAUCCCACCCCGGAGGAGCUGCCACCCUCCAGCCUGCUUCACUGUCCCUUCCAUGGGUGUCCCAUCCAUGGCCACCCCAUCUGUGACCGCCUCACCAACAGCUGCUCCAGACCCCGUGCUGCCCCCACUGCCCGCCAAGCGACAUUUGGUGGAGCCGAGUGUUCCGCCUGUGCCUCCUCGCAUCGGACCCUCACGCCUGCUGGUGAGUCUUCCCUCCAAGGAGGAGGAGUUAUUGCUGCCACCACCACUGUCAUCCCCUCCCCAGCUAGAGCCCAAGGAGCCACCAUCCAUCCUCCCCCGGGGGCUGCUCUGCCCCCCAGAGAUUCCUCCGAAGCCCUUCCGCCUGCCCCCGGAAUUUGAUGACUCUGACUAUGAUGAGGCCCCAGAGGAGGGGCCAAGGGCCCCUGCCAGUGUGAUGACCAAGAAGGAGGACCCCCCACCGAACCGAGUCCCUCGGGCUGUGCGUGUGGCCAGUCUGCUGAGUGAGGGGGAGGAACUGUCCGGGGACGACGAGGAUGAGGAUGACCGUGUCUACAAGGGCGUCCCCAAUGGUGGAUGGCACAGCAGCAGCCUGAGCUCUCCCCUGCCCAGCCUGGUCCCCGAGCUCGCGCCGCACCCCAUGGAUGAGCUGCCUGGGGGCUCCCCCCCCAUCACACCGGUUAUCAAGGCUGGCUGGCUAUAUAAGAACCCGCCGCAGGGGUCUUAUAUCUAUCAGAAGCGAUGGGUGAGACUGGAUGUUGAUCACCUGCGAUACUUUGACAGUAACAAGGAUGCCUACUCUAAGCGCUUUAUCUCUGUGGCCUGCAUCUCUCGGGUGACUGCCAUUGGAGACCAGAAGUUCGAAGUGAUCACAAACAACCGGACCUUUACCUUCCGGGCAGAGAGUGAUGUGGAGCGGAAGGAGUGGAUGCAGUCUUUGCAGCGGGCAGUGGCUGAGCAGCGCACCCGGGGCCAGCAGUCUGGUGCCUACCUGGUGGGAGUUCGAGGCUUAGAGCAACCCGACUGCGCCGGCAACCUGGAGCUGCGUGGCUUCAAGAAUAAGCUAUAUGUGGCUGUGGUGGGGCACAAAGUGCAGCUCUAUAAGAAUGUGGAGGAGUACCACCUGGGCAUUGGCAUCACCUUCAUCGACAUGAGUGUGGGCAACGUGAAGGAAGCUGACCGGCGCAGCUUUGACCUUACGACACCCUACCGCAUCUUCAGCUUCUCCGCAGACACAGACCUAGAGAAGGAGCAGUGGCUGGAGGCCAUGCAGGGAGCCAUUGCUGAAGCUCUGUCCACCUCGGAGGUAGCUGAACGCAUCUGGGCCGCAGCCCCCAACAGAUUCUGUGCUGAUUGCGGGGCUGCCCAGCCUGACUGGGCCUCCAUCAACCUCUGCAUCGUCAUCUGCAAGCGCUGUGCAGGGGAGCACCGCGGCCUGGGUGCUGGCAUCUCCAAGGUUCGGAGCCUGAAGAUGGACAAGAGGGUGUGGACAGAAACCCUCAUCAAGCUCUUCUUACAGCUGGGCAAUGGUGCGGGGAACCGCUUCUGGGCAGCCAACGUGCCCCCCAGCGAGGCCCUGCAGCCCAGCAGCAGCCCGGAAGCCCGUCGGCACCACCUGGAGGCCAAGUACAGGGAGGGCAAGUACCGCCGCUACCACCCACUCUUUGGCAACCAGGAAGAGCUGGACAAGGCCCUGUGUGCUGCAGUCACAACCACAGACCUGGCUGAGACCCAGGCUCUCCUGGGCUGUGGGGCUGGGGUCAACUGCUUCUCAGGGGACCCUGAGGCCCCCACACCCCUGGCUCUUGCCGAGCAGGCUGGGCAGACACUGCAGAUGGAAUUCCUUCGAAACAACCAGACCACGGCCAGCAUGCAGCCUCUCCCACCCCCUCACUCCAAAGAGGUCCCUCGGCUGGACUCCGUGAAGCCCUUCGAAAAGCACUACUCAGUUGUCCGGCCAACCGUGAGCCAUAGUGGCUUCCUCUACAAGACUGCUUCUGCUGGCAAGCUGCUGCAGGACCGCCGGGCACGGGAAGAGUUCAGCCGACGCUGGUGUGUCCUCAGUGAUGGGGUUCUGAGCUACUACGAGAAUGAGCGGGCAGUGACACCCAAUGGGGAGAUUCGGGCCAGCGAGAUUGUGUGCCUGGCAGUGCCCUCUCCAGACUCUCAUGGCUUUGAGCACACCUUUGAGGUGUAUACAGAGGGAGAACGGCUGUACCUGUUUGGGCUGGAGAGUUUGGAGCUGGCUCGUGAGUGGGUCAAGUGCAUUGCCAAGGCAUUUGUGCCUCCCCUAGCUGAGGACCUGCUGGCCCAGGACUUUGAACGACUUGGGCGCCUACCAUACAAAGCUGGCCUGAGCCUCCAGCGGGCCCAGGAAGGCUGGUUUGCUCUGACUGGCUCUGAGCUACGUGUCGUCUUCCCAGAGGGACCCUGUGAAGAGCCGCUGCAGCUCCGGAGACUGCAGGAACUUUCUGUUCAAGGGGACAGUGAGAGCCAGGUGCUGGUGCUGGUGGAGCGAAGGAGGACACUGUACAUCCAGGGGGAACGGCGGCUAGACUUCAUGGGUUGGCUGGGGGCCAUCCAGAAAGCAGCAGCCAGCUUGGGGGACACCCUGUCUGAGCAGCAGCUUGGGGACUCAGACAUCCCAGUGAUUGUGUACCGCUGUGUGGACUACAUCACGCAGUGCGGCCUGACCUCCGAGGGUAUCUACCGCAAGUGUGGGCAGACAUCGAAGACCCAACGGCUACUGGAGAGUCUACGGCAGGAUGCCCGCUCUGUGCACCUCAAGGAGGGCGAGCAGCACGUUGAUGAUGUUUCCUCUGCACUCAAACGCUUUCUGCGGGACCUGCCAGAUGGGCUCUUCACUCGUGCCCAGCGCCUAGCCUGGCUGGAGGCCUCAGAGAUUGAAGAUGAGGAGGAGAAGGUCUCCAGGUACCAAGAACUCCUGGUGCAUCUGCCCCCUGUCAACCGGGCCACAGUGAAGGCCCUUAUCAGCCACCUGUACUGUGUCCAGUGCUUCUCUGACACGAACCAGAUGAACACACACAACCUGGCUAUUGUGUUUGGGCCCACGCUCUUCCAGACAGAUGGGCAGGACUACAAGGCUGGCCGGGUGGUAGAAGACCUCAUUGGCCACUAUGUGGUGGUGUUUAGUGUGGACGAGGAGGAGCUGAGGAAGCAACGGGAGGAGGUCACUGCCAUUGUGAAGAUGCGAGUGGCUGGCACUGCCAGUGGGACCCAGCAUGCUGGUGACUUCAUCUGCACAGUCUACCUGGAAGAGAAGAAGGCAGAAAGUGAACAGCAUGUCAAGAUCCCAGCAUCCAUGACAUCUGAGGAACUUAUCCUGGAGAUCCUGGACCGCCGCAAUGUGGGCAUUAGGGAGAAGGACUAUUGGACUUGCUUUGAGGUCAAUGAGAAGGAGGAGGCAGAGCGCCCACUGCACUUUGCAGAGAAGGUGUUGCCUAUCCUGCAUGGGCUGGGCACAGACAGCCACCUGGUGGUGAAGAAGCACCAGUCCAUGGAGGCCAUGCUGCUGUACCUGGCCAGCCGUGUGGGUGACACCAAACAUGGCAUGAUGAAGUUUCGCGAGGACCGAAGCCUCUUGGGUCUGGGGCUGCCCUCAGGCGGCUUCCACGAUCGCUACUUCAUCCUCAACAGCAGCUGUCUGCGGCUCUACAAGGAGGUCCGGAGCCAGAGGCCGAGGAGCGGGGCCCCUGAGACAAGUCACCGGCCUGAGAAGGAAUGGCCUGUCAGGAGUCUCAAAGUCUACCUGGGCAUAAAGAAGAAACUCCGUCCACCUACUUGCUGGGGCUUCACGGUGGUGCAUGAGACAGAGAAGCAUGAGAAGCAGCAGUGGUACCUUUGCUGUGACACACAGAUGGAGCUCCGGGAGUGGUUCGCCACCUUCCUCUUUGUACAGCACGAUGGCCUGGUGUGGCCCUCAGAGCCCUCUCGUGUGUCCCGGGCAGUGCCUGAGGUCCGGCUGGGCAGCGUGUCACUCAUCCCCCUGCGUGGCAGUGAAAAUGAAAUGCGCCGGAGCGUGGCAGCCUUCACUGCAGACCCUCUUUCUGUCCUUCGAAAUGUCUGAGCACUGGAGCCAGCCUGGCUCCGGGUCUCUGCUGCUGUGACCGUGACCAGCCACGUCCGACCAUGACCAACCAUGACCAGGAAGCCUUCCUGUGCAGACACCCUCAUGCCCUGUGUGCCUGGUGUGAGCCAGCAGGGGGCACAUGAGGAAGCUGUACCUCACAUCCUACAUCCUGACUGCAACAUGGGGCUCUUUGACUGGGGUUGAGGGCAGCAGGGCAGCCCCUCCUGGUACUCCAGGUGCCUAGCACCCCACCCCCCGCUGGCCUGCUCACCCUGAGUUCGUGGGCUUGGAGAGAUGAACACAAGCUCUGGAGGACAUCAUUCUUCUAGAGGCUGGAGGCCUUCGGGCCCCGCUGGAAGGGAGCCCGCCCCCUGCCACAAAGCCCAGAGCAGCAAAAAGCAGGGGCUG